AUGUUUCCCUGGGCCCUCCGCUACCUCCCAGGACCCCACCAGGAGAUAUUUAGGUACCAAGAAGUUCUGCGGGGCUUCAUCCGCCACGAGAUCUUCAGGCACAAGCUCAGGAUACCCGAGGCUCCCAAGGACUUUAUCAGCUGCUACCUGACCCAGAUCACCAAGGCCGUGGACGACCCUGUCUCCACAUUCAAUGAGGAGAACCUGAUCCAGGUGGUGAUUGAUUUGUUUCUGGGAGGCACUGACACCACAGCCACCACCCUGCACUGGGCGCUCAUCUACAUGGUCCAACACAGAGCCAUCCAAGACAGGGUGCAGCAGGAGCUGGAUGCAGUGCUGGGCACUGCCCCUGCUGUCUGCUAUGAAGACCGAGAGCGACUACCCUACACCCGAGCCGUCCUCCACGAGGUGCAGCGUCUCAGCAGUGUUGUGGCCGUAGGCGCCGUGCGCCAGUGUGUGACAUCCACCCAUGUGUGUGGUUACUACGUGCCCAAGGGCACCAUCAUCUUGCCCAACCUGGCCUCCGUGCUCCAUGACCCUGAGCACUGGGAGACCCCUCGGCAGUUCAACCCCAGCCACUUCCUGGACAAGGACGGAAACUUCGUGGUCAAUGAAGCCUUCCUGCCAUUCUCUGCAGGGCAUCGGGUGUGCCCAGGAGACCAGUUAGCUCGAAUGGAGCUCUUCCUGAUGUUUGCCACCCUUCUCCGGACCUUUCGGUUCCAAGUGCCAGAGGGGAGCCAGGGACUCAGGCUGGAGUAUGUCUUUGGUGGCACUCUGCAGCCCGAGCCGCAGGAGAUCUGUGCAGUGCCCCGCCUGAAAAGCUCCAGUUCAGGUCCAAGGGAAGAAGGCUUGUAG